CUACCUUUUCUCGCUGCUUCCUCACUACAACAAUGGCGAUUGGCAACGCUCUCUACAACACCAUCUUCAAGCGAAACAGUGUCUUCGUGUCCACUGUCUUCGUCGGUGCUUUCGCCUUCGGCAUUGGAUUCGACACUGGUGUCUCCAAGUUCUUCGACUACUGGAACAAGGGCAAACAAUGGAAGGACAUCCGCCAUAAAUACGUCCAGGAAGAGUGAACUACCGACAACACUUCUGGAUCUCCGUCAUGAGCCCUAAAACCAUGCAACACGCUAGAACCUCCUGCCGAGCAACCCACACACCAGGGCUCACCAGUCGAGGCCGUACCAUAAGAGAGUAUAAAUUGUAUUGGAAGCAGUCCAUAUAGAGCGCUCUAAUCACAUUCCUUGCUUUCCUUGG